UCAAGGACACAUUUUAUUUAAUUGGAUUUGGAGUCCGAACUCCGAACACCUGCUCAAGAGCUCAUAUAGUCAUAGUACAGAGGAAAUGGUUGUGUUCGUCUCCGCAGCUAAAUCCUUUAAAAAUUCAAAGCUUCAGCCUACUGCCCAGCUACUCUUCAGAUUCAAGACCAUUCGAACCCUUUUGCUCCAGUCGGCUUCUGAGUCCGUUAAGUUACAGAAACUCACCGAUUCCGAUUCAGGAAUCUUGGAGGUUAACUUGGAAAGGCCUGGAACCAAAAAUGCUAUUGGAAAGGAUAUGCUACGGGGACUGCAGUAUACAUUUGAAGCUGUUAAUAAAGACCAUACAGCAAGAGUCAUGAUGAUCUGCAGUUCAGUUCCUAAAGUGUUUUGUGCAGGUGCUGAUUUGAAGGAACGAAGGACGAUGACCCCAUCUGAAGUUCAGGAUUUUGUGCAUUCUUUACGCUCCACAUUCACGUAUCUUGAGACACUCCAUAUUCCUACAAUAGCCGUUAUCGAAGGUGCUGCAUUAGGGGGUGGGCUCGAAAUGGCAUUAUCUUGUGAUCUUCGGAUUUGUGUCGAAGAUGCAGUGCUAGGAUUACCUGAAACAGGACUUGCUAUUAUUCCUGGGGCUGGGGGAACACAAAGGCUUCCUAGAUUAGUUGGAAAGUCGAUGGCAAAAGAACUUAUUUUUACUGGUCGAAAAAUUGGUGGCAGAGAUGCAUUGUCCAUGGGACUUGUCAAUCACUGUGUCCCUGCUGGUGAGGCUCGGUCGAAAGCUCUUGAAAUUGCUCGUGAUAUAAAUCAGAAGGGACCAUUGGCAAUACGUAUGGCGAAACAAGCUAUUAAUGGAGGAUUGGAGGUUGAUUUGUCGACAGGUUUGGCUCUAGAAGAAGACUGCUAUGAGCAGCUCUUGCACACAAAUGAUCGCCUGGAAGGUCUCGCUGCAUUUGCCGAGAGACGGAAGCCUAAUUACACGGGCCAAUAAAAGUGCUCAGCAAACAUCAUCUGUUAUGGGAAUCCUUUAAGCAUGAUCUAUCAAAACAAAAAGAUUAUGGUGUAAAUGGAUGACUAUAUUACUGAAAAUUUUAGUUUUUAAAUUGAAAAUUUCUAGUGAGAGAUGGACACUUGUACACACCCUUUACGUAGGUUUUAUAAACUGUUGUCUUGAGCUGUGGUGNU